ACUUGCGAGUUUUCCUUUCAAUUAGAGGCUACAGACAAGACAUUCCACGCUACUAAAACUGCUUCUAACAUCUUUAAGAAAUUUGCUCUAUCAUGAACUGCCUGUGGACAGCAAUCUUCGUCCUGAUGACCUUCCAGCUAACAACAGCAGGACCUCCAGGACCUCUACAGCGUUUAGCUCGUCUCGUUAUGCCCUAUGUUGGAGGGCCUGGAGGACGACAUUCCCUGGCACUUGCCAGAUCUCUCGACACAUCAUCACUGGCUCGUCGACACGGGGGUGAAGCAGAAGUCCCAGAUGUAGGACUCACUGACUUCGAUGACGAGGAGUCAGAAAACGUCAUUGGCAAACGACAAUUUGAUGACUACGGCCACAUGAGGUUUGGAAGAAGCACAAAGCCAGAAGCUCGCGAGAAGAAAUUCGAUGACUACGGGCACAUGAGGUACGGAAAAUGAACAAGAAUUUAAGAGCUAUUGCUAUUUUUUCCUUGUUUUAAAGACUUUUGGAGAUCGAUUCAACGUUGGAUAUCCGUGUCUGUAUCUUGGUUCAUCUGUUGUAGGCGAAUGUGUAAUUGCAUUGUAUUUGAAUCAUUAAUAAAUAAUUUUUGAUUUUUAA